AUGGACGUUUCCGGGCUUUUCGUCGCCGGUGAUAAGCAACCUGACGACGACAACAUCUCCAUCAACUCCACCCUCGCGUCCGAACAUGAUUCCGAUGAGGAAUGGCUGGUAGAGGGUAUCCGCGCUCAAAGUCGCGAAGGUGGAAGAGACAAAUUUUUGGUAGAGUGGACCGGUUACCCCAUUGAAGAGGCAACAUGGGAGCCUGAGGAAAACGUGACGGAUGAGCUACUUGGGGAAUGGAAAGACACCCAAGCAAAGCAAGCUUGCGGAGAGGAGAAGCCGUUCGACAUUCUCGCCUGGCAAGAAAGCGUGGUCAAGCGUCAAGAGGAAAAAUACCAGCGGCAUCACCAGCGCAAUGUUGAACGGAAAAAACGAGGUAUCCAGCUUAGGCUGUGGGAGGGUGAAACCAAAGCGGACUACUAUCUUAGCGACGACGACGUUGGGGAGGAUGAGUUUAACGCCGUAUUCCCCCCUCCAAAGGUUGUGGGGCGAAACGAGGAUGCGUUUCAUUCUGAUACUCAACCCUCCAAGAUCGCCCCUAAGCAGGACGUUGCAGAGAAACCAAUCUCCCAGAAACGGACUUCAGCGACAGAGAAACUAAAGUCACCAACGAGAAAGGCACAAUCCAGCUCUAGCCCUCAGCCACGCUCACAGCCACCUUCGGCGCAGGCAGCGGCGACUGGAUAUCAAGGAACAGCAAAGAAGAAGCCUCUGCCGAACAGAGGAGUCAAUAAUGCGACAAUCAGCCGGUUGCCGGUGGGUAGUGCGAAUUCGCAGACCACACACAAGGCCAAAAAGACUGUUGUGAGCUCCAGAACGAUGGUUAGAUCACAGAACAGCGGAACGGGCAUCAAUGUCUUUGCGGCCGGCAAGCAAUCAAAGCAGCGCCGUCAACUUGUACAGAACGUGGCCGAUCCCACCAAGGAUGCUCGUCUGUUCUCAAAUCACCGACUCAGGAGAAAAGCCGAGUUACAAGGUCGUGAGAAAGCGGACGUGGCUCCCGCGGCUGUCCCAACGAAGUUAUUCAGCAUCAGCCGCGGGCCUCCUCCUGGAACCACUACCGGUACGAACACCGUCUCGAGCACCAGCACCACCGCUUGCAUCCCUCGGUCCGUACUGAAGCGCUCAGUCGAUGAUCUCUCGACGAGAUCAGCCAGUGAGUCCAGUAUGACGACGUCGGAGAGGACAGGGGCGUCACACCCUCAAAACCUGGGUCAGUCGCAGACUACUCAGCCAACGACCAAGAAAAGGAAGUCUGUACAGUUUGCAGAUGUUCCGCUUGUCGAUGAGCCAGAAGAGAUGGACGUGGACUAUCCGACUGCUCGGCCGAAAAGACUCAAGUCGCCCCCAAUGCCUUCAGAUCCAUCACAGUCUACUCAACCGCCUGCUAAGCCUCAGUCUAUCCUUCGCAAGUUAUCAAUAACAGACUACAAGUCGAGAUGCACAGGCCAAAACUACGACAAAACUGUCGUCUUCGGUCCUCAGGGAAGCAAAGACAUCGAAAUGACAUUUGAUAACGUUAGAGCCGACUCUGACGCAUGGCAUUCUCAAUUUGUUGACGAGAAACAGCUGCAUUUCGCCAGAAAUUUCACAGCGAAAACCUUUGCCUCUCAAAGGGCAAUUGUUGUUGAACGAGUACUCUCAAAUGGAAGCGUCAGGCCCAAGUCAAACAACGACCAAGCUGCUGUAGAGAGAGCAGCAGAGCGAUUACGAUCAGGGUCGUUUGGGAUUGCGUGCUUCUAUGAAGACUUUCUCAUCAUCAUCUACCCAUCGGAGUGUGAGGAUUGGAAGCAAACAAUGCCUGAAGUCGAAGCCAACAGCCCGGCAAACGUCUCCCUGACAUAUGUCAUUUUCAAGCCACAGCCGGCUAUUAAGAAGCCUUUGCCGAUCAGACAGGUCAACACUUCAAAGAUAGCUUCACGGAUUGCCAUUUUUCGCGAUCUCUUACGCCUCGAUUACCAUACGAUGCUACCCCCUGGCAUUCGAAAUGUACGCCACAAUUUCUACCUGGCGUUUCCUCCAUCUAGGGUGCUGUUACUUGAGGCCGUGAGCGAAUGGCUGCGCUCAGAGAAUCCCGAAUGUAGGAUAUUCUCAACUAAAACGGGUGGCGACUGGGCCGCCUUUACCAACCCGAAAAUUGUUACGCAAGGAGUUAUCAUUAUUCACGAGGCAGCCGCCGAUUCGCUCCGACGGUUUCCUGGUUUGCUCAAGCUGCUUUUGCACAAGAGCAGUGCAACUUACGUCUUUUGGUGCAUUGGAGAGUCACUCCAGCUGUCUCCCGCGUACCCAUCCAUUCGGUCUAUGUACAACGAGAUGCCAAAGCUGGGCACAUUUGAGUUGACGAGGUUUUUCCCACACGGUAACGCAAUUUUGGUUACGCCAAGUUUUCUGGUCUCUGAACCACGCCGUGCCUUCCAACUCUUUCAGUGGUACCAUAGGACCUAUCAGAAGCCCAAUAAUAACCAAAAGAUUGUGGCGGCGGCGAGCCUGCGUGAGUAUCUGCGCGAUCUUGCGCAUGAGCGGUCCGCCCGCCGGGACGACUUGAUGGCGGAUGGUGACCUAACGCGCCGGUGGUCAACGUCGAAGCGCGAGGAUAUAGCACGAGUUGCAGGAUUGAGCAAAGAAGAUUGCACAGCUCGAUUUGAGACAUGGGCGAUAGUGGAAGGCCUUCAGUCGGCUAUAGAGACAACCAUUGUGCCGGAUGAGCAGCUUGAGGCCAUUGUCUUUGCUGACGGAUCUAUCGAUGCCAAUGACGAGCAAAGCUUGGUGAAUUGGUUCGGCUGUUGGUCCCAAACUCGUUUCGACCAGUUCCGCAAGUUCCACGUUUUAGGAACAGAUGGCACUUCUGACAACAGCCACCUCAUCAAAGACGGCGACAUUCCCAUAUACCCGCCUGGGGUUGGGCGCGAUUUUGGAGCCGAACCAAACCCCGAUGUUCAUGGUCCCCGUCAGACCAUGUCAGGUUCCGACAAUAAUCCUGGACCAGAAAGUGGAGGUAGUAAACCUCUUGAGGGCUUGUCUGGCCACCACUUCAUGAGCAAGUUGAAGGCAAUUGGCACUCGCAACGAACGUCCGAAAGUGUGUCCAUUUGGGAAGCUCUUCGGCUUUGCCGUCUCCUAUUACGAAGACGUUGCCAAUACAGCUGACUCUUAUGGAGACUUCCAUCGCGACUUUUCAACUUUCGAGAAGUGGAUGGAGUGGCCCUGGCCGUUCUUCUCAUCCUACCAGGAGCGUUUCAAGCAACCUGCGGCACCCUUUCAUUUGCCGCCGACAUUCAACACCUACUUCGCCUUUUUUUACACUCCUGAAGACGAUCAUGCAAGCAAACCGCCACCGCGUCAUCCCUGGCUUGCGAUUUGGCGGGUUCGUGAACCUCAUGCGCCUUGGAAAGGAACCGAGCUUUUCAUAUGGGACAUCGCGGCCAAGAAUCGAUGUUCCACAGCGAGCGAGAUCUACGAGUCCCAACUCUUGCAGGCACAGCAGCACCUUAUCCAGAUGGUACGGGAACGAUCUGAAGACAAACAUCGGGGCCUUCCUCUGCUAGAGGUCUGGUAUGGUGGAUUCGAAACACAGACUUCAGACUAUACCUUGCCAGUCGACAUCACGUUUCAUAACUUGGACGUGAUGAUGUCGGACUGCAAGCAACAUCUUCCAGCGGUUGAUAAAUUAUUACUCCGCAGGGGUUUCCGCAAGAUUUGUCCCGGCGAUGCGCCCAUCGGGCAAGGGCGUCAUCCUGCAGACUCUUCAAUGGAUAUUGACAUGAUUGGGGGUCAUCGAAAUCAUGGCAGCGAGAGCAAGAUCAUCUUCCACCCGCCCAGGGCCAUCAAUCCGACAGGACAGAGCAGAUGUGAGAAUUUGUUCUACUCCUGGGUGAUGAACAUUGACAGACAAAAUCCUCGUCCCGCGUGGCCUUACACGUUCAGACCGACCACCGAGUGGUACCAGCAGCAGGUUGCCGAGAACCGGCAUUUUGAGCACCUCAACAUUGCUUCUUGGCAGCGGGUGUUUGAAGUCCUCAGGUUGCCCGCCGAGAAGAGCAAGGCGGAGUCGCAAGAGAGCGGCAAAAAGUGA